AUGGAAGCAGACGAGCGGCCAACCAAGCUCCGAAAGCUAGAUUCGCACGAUGAGCCCAGCUCAGAAGCUGCGUCGGACAAGCCCUUGCUGCCAUCCGUGGAAGUGAAUGGCGCUGUCAUCCCAACCGCAGGCGAUGCAGACACCAGUAAGCCAGACGAACCCGCUGGUACUGCUAAUGUCGCAGAUCCUCCGCAGGAAGAUCGUGAUGACGAUGCAGACGACUCGGAGGGAAGUGCUGGGGUUGGAGACCGACAACCACAACAACCAAGCGCUGAGCCAGCCCAGCAGCAGACUGGAGAGCCCAGGUCUGACCAAGACCCUUCAAAGCCCAUGUCGAAGAACCAACUGAAGAAGCUGCGGAAAAAGCAAGAGUGGGAAGCAGGGCGCGAAUACCGGAAAUUGAAGCGGAAGCAGAAAUUACACGAGAAACGGGAGAGGAAGAGAGCAGGCAGAGAAGAAGCCGGGGAAGCACAGCAGCACGAACAGGCAGGUGGAGGUGGUGCUGCCUCUCAACAAGCCAAGGAAGGACACGAUGGCGAAGUCGAGACAGGGAUCCAAAAGCCAGGACUGUCUGCAGCAACAGCAGUGACAUCCAAACCCAACCGUCGGCGACCUGUGCAAUUGCCUGUGACGAUCAUUAUAGAUUGCGGCUUCGACGACCUCAUGAUCGAGAAAGAGCGCAUAUCUCUCGGAUCGCAGAUCACUCGGGCGUACUCGGAUAACUGGCGCGCUCCGUUCCAGGCACACCUGGUGAUCAGUUCGUGGGGCGGGCAGUUGAAGCAAAGAUUCGACACGGUGCUCGAAAAACACUAUCUCAACUGGCGGGGCGUGAUGUUUGUCGAAGACGAUUUCGUCGAGGCGGCCCGGAGAGCUGAGGAGGUCAUGAAAGGUCCCAGGGGCGGCAAACUGUUGGGAGCUCUGGAGAAGUUUGCAGAUGGUGGGAAAGACGGAGACGGAGACGGAGACGGAGACGGGAACGCGGAGAAGGAGAAGGAGAAACCCAGAGAUCAGCACGACGCAAAUCAUCUUCUUUUGCCGCCAUCGGACGUUACUCAAUCACCCCAGGAGAAAGACAAAGACCAAACCGGGUCCGAAUCCAAGACCACGGAGGCACCACCGUCACCAAACCCCGUAUCCGCUCAAAAGGAGGACCAACCACCAGUCGUUUCCGACUAUCACUCUGUUCCAACCUCCGCUACCACAGGAACUUCUGCUGGGGAGGUAGUCUACCUGACCUCCGACUCUCCCGACACAUUGACCGAGCUGUCGCCCUAUUCGACCUAUAUCGUGGGCGGGCUCGUCGACAAAAACCGCCACAAGGGCAUCUGCUACAAGAUCGCUACUGAGAAGGGCAUCAAGACCGCAAAGCUGCCGAUCGGCGAGUACCUGGACAUGCAGUCGCGCAAGGUGCUGGCGACGAACCAUGUGGUGGAGAUCAUGAUCCGGUGGCUGGAAUGUGGGGAUUGGGGAGAGGCGUUCUUGAAAGUCAUUCCCAAGAGGAAAGGCGGGAGGCUGAAGGACCAGGAGCGCGCUGGGCAGCGGGAGCGAAACGGGAAGAGUGAGAGUGUUGCUGGCGAGGGCGACGAUGACGAUGGAAAUGCCGAAGCAGAGCUUGACAACGACAAUCAAAGGAAUGGUGGGGAGGAUCAGCAAGCAGGCUCAUGA